CUAACUCUAGGGCGGGGCGGGGGCGGAGUCCGCUGUCCGUCAGUUCGGCAGCAGUUGCGAGCAUGGCUGCCCCAUCUGGAGAGCAGAUUUACAGAGAGGUGCAGGAUUAUUAUGGUAAAGAUUUGCAGAAAUCAGAGGAUCUGCAAACCAACACCUGCGUCACCUUGGCUAGGCCUUUGCCCACGUUCAUAAAGGAGGCUCUGAAGUGUGUCCAUGAUGAUGUUGUGUCAAGGUACUAUGGCUGUGGCCUGGUGAUCCCACAGUGCCUGGAGACCUGUUGGAUAUUGGGUCUGGGGAGUGGGAGUGGCAGGGAUUGCUAUAUGCUGAGUAAACUAGUUGGAGAGAAAGGGCAUGUCACUGGAAUAGACAUGACCGACGCCCAGGUAGAAGUGGCAAAGAAGCACAUUGACUAUCACAUGAAGAAAUUUGGCUACCAGGUGCCUAACGUGGACUUCAUCCAUGGCUACAUGGAAAAGCUGGGAGAUGCUGGCCUUAAAGAUGAGAGUUAUGAUAUAGUUAUCUCAAACUGCGUGAUUAACCUCUCGCCUGAUAAGAGAGCAGUCCUGCAGGAGGCCUAUCGAGUGCUAAAGGCUGGUGGAGAGAUGUAUUUCAGCGAUGUCUAUGCCAGCUGUGACCUGCCUGAGGACAUCAGGAAACACAGGGUCCUCUGGGGCGAGUGUCUGGGAGGAGCUCUGUGGUGGAAGGACCUCUACAGAAUUGCUGAGGAAGUUGGAUUCUGCCCACCGCGCUUGGUGACUGCCAGCCGAAUAACCAUCAAUAACAAAGAACUAGAGAGUGUCAUCGGUGACUGUCAGUUUGUCUCUGCGACUUUCCGUCUCUUCAAAGUCCCCAGGAAAGGUGCGGCCGAGCGGUGCCAGGUUAUUUACAAUGGCAGGGUCACUGGGCAUGAGGAAGAGCUGGAGUUUGAUGCCAAUUUCACAUUCAAGGAAGGGGAGGUUGUGGAAGUGGAUGCAGAAACUGCAGCCAUUUUACGGAGCUCCAGGUUUGCCGAGGAAUUCCUGAUCCGACUGGCUGCAGGGAGGGCACCUGGGGGCUGUUGUCCUGCAAAAGUAAAGGAAAAGAUCGUUGAUCCAUUCCAAUUAGUGGAGCAUCUGGAAGCAAAGGAUCUUGCUCCCAAGCCAGCGGGCUGCUGUGGCCCCAAAAGGUGCUGCUGAAAAGCUGAGUAUCCACCAGCAGGAGCCAGCAGAGCAGAGGCUGAAGAAUCAGAGCUGUUUUUGUUACUCAUCGCUGAGCAGCAAUUAAAAAUUAAUAGCAGGGGUAACAAAGCAGAGCACUGCAUGGCUUCGCAGCCAUGCACAGGUACUGCAGAAUGAGAUGAAAUAAACCCCAGCUGUCCCCUGGGUUCCAGCCCUGGUGCAUGGCUGCAAUCAGAAGAUAGCGCGUUUAUUUGUACACACCAUGUUAAUGGUUAAGAGCAAACCCAGCUCUGAUCAAGCCACUAGGAAGAUCUAAUGGAACUUAGUUAACUGCAGGGGCACGAAACUGACCAGUGCUUUGUCUAACUCAGAAUGGGCUCUAAUGAGGCUGGAUCCCAGGAAUCAAAAUUAUGUACUGAGGCCAUUUUUGACCAGCCAACCUCUUGUAAGGCCCAGGGCAGAUUCUGAUGGAAUAUGUUCUUCCCAGGUUGCAGUGUGUCCCUGGAGUCAUUCCCUGCCUCGAGGCUUACACUGUCCCUUUUCCUUGCCUUGCCCAUGUGGGAAGUGCAGCUCUAGCCUUACUCUGCGCCUAAAGCCUCCCAGUGCGCUGGGGAAGCAGGAAGCUCCCAUGGUGCUCUGCAGUGCACCCCCUUGCAUGGCAUUCCUCCUUCCCACAGUGGAACUUCAUGGGUCUGUUGCCUUCAGCCUCUUCCCUGAGUAAGCACUCUUAGGCUGUGUGCUGAAGGCGCCUAACUGCUUUUUGUGGCUUGGGAUGCGGUGACUGGUUACAUAUCUGGCCAUUCAAAUGGAACCGCUCCCUUUGGUAGGGCGGCCCUGACCUUGAGGGCUAGAUGGGUCAAGCACUGCAGGGAGCCUCUCUCCUCUGCUGCUAGCUCAGAGCAGGGAAGGUCAAACCAGGCCCCGGCCAUGUGUAAGAAGAUGUAACGUGCUCAGUGGCAGCAUCCGGCAGCCAGUAAAUCUCACGCUGCAUCUAGGGCAAAUCGCAGGCAGACGCCUGGCAGGAUAGAGGAGAUGAGGAGAAGCACCUGGGGUCCGGGUGGAGGGGAGAGGAGACAGAGAGAGAUCAAUUGUGAAUAAUAGCAAGGAAUCGCUUUCCCGGUGCCAUGGGCCCAGCACCUACCACAGCUAGUCUAAGGGCAGAUCCCAUCUCUCUGUUCACCCAGCAUCUCUAGAGAAAGGCUCUGCCUUAGGAGGGGCUGAGCGCCCUCCCCUGGUGGAGUGAGUGGAAACUGAGAGCCCUCGGCCUCUCGUGGGGGGUGCUUGGUAAGCAGGGCUAUGGCCCCACUCCCCCCCAGCUUGUAGGAGAACACGCUUCCUUUCCUGGCUGCGGGGGCCCGAGGAGGGUUGGGGUUACAAAUGGGGAAUCCCCCUGGCGGCAGGAGUUGCUGUUACACUCGGCACCAUCUAGUAUCAGCCUCUAGAGCCAUCUAUUGCUCAUGGCUGAGCACUACCCACCUGCCGCUUCCUAACAGCUGAAUAGGUCUUUUGGCCCAAACACUGCAGGUCUUUCUGUAGGUGUUGCAGGGAGAGGAGCAUUGUAACCAGACGGUGGCCUUGCGGAACCUGGAGAACUGUAGCGCUUGGAUCUGAAGUCUCAGGGACUGGUGGGGCGCCGCUGGUCAGAGGGGAGCGGGGACUCUUGAAAAAGAAUCUGGAUCUGGGGCUAAAUAACUCCUUCCGGACCACCCACAGAAGGGAAAAGCAUUGCAGCGUUGAAGGGGGCUGCUGCUGGGAUGCAGGUAAACCCCCCUCCACACUGCUCAUGGCAACUGACGGGGAACUGGACUUAUUUUAUACCGUUUUGAAAUAGUGGGGAUCCUUACACAAGAAGCGUAAGGAUCAAAACUUGACAGCUGCAUUUGUAAAUACAGCUAACCUUGCAGUGGUGUAUGUGACAGGAAGAGGACUGAGAGCUGCGCAAAGGCUGACACCUGAUGGCCACAAGGUGGCAUGGCAUGUGCUGCUGAUCUUUCUCCCAAUUUCACACAGUAAAAACAUUUUUCCUUUAAAAUUC